AUGCCGAGGUUCAUUGAAAGUCGAGCAUGGCGCUGUUCAAUUGUUUCGCGGAAAACAUUUUCUUCUUCACAGGUCGGAAUACUAAUCUCGGGCAAUGGAAGUAAUAUGGUGAAACUUAUCGAAAGUUCGAGAAAGCCAUUCAGUCAUUGUGAGGUGAGGAUCGUGAUUUCAAACAAAUCAGAGGCUAGGGGGAUGAAUAUAGCAAAAGCGAUGGGAAUUGAAACGUUGCACAUUCCUCACACUCAAAUCAGAGAAGUUGGAGACUCGAAAAUCAGUGAGGCGCUCCGUGCAAGAGAAGUUCAACUAAUUUGCCUGGCUGGCUACAUGAGGGUACUUUCGCCAAAAUUUGUUGAGGAGUGGCGAGGUAGAAUCAUCAACAUUCACCCGUCAAUACUCCCGUCAUUUAAAGGUCAACAUGCCGUUCGUGAUGCCAUCAGUUUUGGAGCGAAGAUAGCGGGUUGUACAGCGCAUUUUGUAGAUGUGAGUUAUCUGUAA